CACGAACACGGUUUGAUGAAGCCCCUAGUGGUUUUAUUAGGUGGGUGAAUUUAUUGUUGGAGGGAAGAGAUAGACCUGUCCAAGGCUUGGGGUAAAAAAGAAGAAGGCUUUGACGCCUUCUUUGUUUGGGUUCUUCCUCUACGUUUCACAUCAGCUGGUUUGGUCGCUGAGAAAGUGACAAGUGAAUGAUGAUAAAGCUUAGUUUGAGCCUCAGUGGAAGAAUUUAUAGCGAUCGGUGAAAAAGUAGAGUUCUUGUACUGGAUGUCUCUUUUCAGUUUUCAGUUCUCUCAUAUGUAUUCUCAGCAACCAGAAUAGAAAAUUCACGACGAAGAAAAAGGAAGUGUUACCUAUCUGUUUCUGCGAGGUAGUAUGAAUGAAAGCCAUAGCAAUGCAAGUGCAAGCUCAAGCUCUAGUCUAAAUAGCAGCGUCCAAGAUACAGAAGAUGACCAAACCAUUGCAAGCAUCUUAGCUGAAGAAGAGCAAUCAAAAGUUGAUGGCAGGCUUGGGAAGAGGCUCUCCCAUUUGGAUUCUAUCCCUCAUACUCCUCGGGUUAAUGGGGAGAUUCCUGAUGUAAAUCAUGCAACCUUAGACCAUGAGCGGCUGUCUGAAAGGUUGGUUACGUAUGGGUUAGCUGAACUGCAAAUGGAGGGUGAUGGGAAUUGCCAGUUUCGAGCUUUAGCGGAUCAGUUAUUUCGCAAUCCGGACUAUCACAAGCACGUAAGAAAGCAGGUCAUUAAGCAGCUCAAGCAUUUCAGAAAAUUAUAUGAAGCUUAUGUUCCAAUGCCGUACCGAAGCUACCUAAAGAAGAUGAAAAAAUCAGGUGAGUGGGGAGAUCAUGUUACUCUACAAGCAGCUGCAGACCGAUUUGGAGCCAAAAUUUGUUUAGUCACCUCUUUUCGGGACACUUGCUAUAUUGAGAUCCUUCCCAAAGACAAGAAUCCCACCCGAGGGCAGAUACAGAAAGUGACGAUGAAAGUUUGUGAUGUUUCAGAGGUAAGUGAGGGGACGGAAACAGGGGAAAUUAUAGAGGGGGAAAUACUGACUCUAAGCAUAUGUGACCAGCAAGAGAAGGGUAGGGUGCAGCAAGGGGUGUUGUCGGGUGGGAGGUCACUGAACAUCUCGGAACCUAAGGGGGUGCUUCUCUCAAUGCCGGCUGACUUAGUGCAGGCUAACUUAAGUUCUUGGAGGGAAGCGUGCAUACUUGGAGGGGAACCAGAGGAAGCCGAUGGGAAUGCUUUGGCUAUGGUGACUAAAGAGUCUGCAACAGAACAGGAGGAGGUAGAGGGGGAGGGAAAUCUGGUGUUGUUUGAACCGUGUGAUAGCGCAACGGAGGGGGAGGAAGAUAUUGAAGCAGACCCAACUCCCAUCAGCAUGGUAACUCCUAGUUUAUCAGAUGAUUGGCUGCUGAAAAAGAUAGAGGAUCUUCAGAGUUGCUUGGGAAUUUCAUGUGUGGGGUAUGAAGAACAGUUCAAAGCCUUGAUUAUAGCCAUAGAGGCAGGUCAGCAGGGUUCUGUGUCUAAAAGAGAGAGAGAAUUGAGGAGACUGAGCUGGUCCAUUAACUAUGAUAGCAAGGAGGGGAGUGCAAGCCGUGGAAGAAAUAAAGGGAGGGUCGGUUCAGUUGUUAAAUGAAGCCCAAAAUUAUGAGCUGGAAUGUUAGGGGAUUAAACGAGAUUAAUAAAUGUCUCCGGGUAAGAGCUUUACUAAGACAAUGGAAGGGGGACAUAAUUUGUUUGCAGGAAACAAAAUUAAAACAGAUUGAUAGAAGUAUUAUUAAAAGCAUUUCGAGUUGUAUUUAUGUAGGCUGGAACUUUUUACCGUCGAAUGGGGCAUCCGGAGGGAUCUUGGUUAUGUGGGAUAAGAGGGUGGCGGG